AUGGAAAAAAAGGUAUUAAAGCUCUACUGUGAUGGAUGCGGAGAACAAAACAAAAACAACAUUGUACACACUAUAAUGUACUUCCUUUCAAUCCACCAAUGUCCUAUCAAAGAGAUCAUCAUUACAUUUCCUGUUCAAGGCCAUAGUUUCCUUCCUGCAGACCGUGUUUUUGGAAGGUUAGAGAAACUUUUUUGGGAGAAAACUACUAUGAUAACAAAAAAAGAGUAUUAUGAGCUAUUUAAAGCAGUUGGGAACAGCUUGGACACUGAAAGACACCAAAAGUAUCUCUACACAUCUAAAGAAGAUUGA